AUGGUGGUCGAAUUGCUAGCGAACAGCUUUGGCUCGUCUCAAUACCGGAACACCUCGCAAAACAAUCUCACUGCAAUUCAAAUCGAAUACCGAAAGUUGACCGAUUUCUAUGAUCAAUUUUUCACGAUUUUCUAUUGGAUCGCUGGAACGAUUGCUAUUCCGAUGAAUGUUCUCUUGUUGUAUUUGAUUAUCAAGAAAAGUCCACCGUCGUUGAAGGUCUACAAAGUCUUGCUAUUGAAUCAAUGCAUAACGGAUUUAUUCUACGCACUUUCGAUCACUUUUCUACAACCGAGAAUAAUCCCCAACAAAUGGGCGUUCGCCUACGUGGCGCUAGGACCAGUGAAAUAUCUUGGCUCUGAGUUCGCCUAUGAGACAUAUUGUGUACAGUUACAUUCGAUUUUCUACACCUUUCUAUCAUUUCCGCUGUCUUUUGGAUUCAGAUACUAUGUCUUAGUGCGACCUGUACCACAAAUCAAAAGUCUAAUAAUGCUCUUGCUCUCCCUAUGGAGCAUUGCUAUUUUUCAGCAUGUGUCAUUCAUUUUCUCUGAAUGGGAUUCAAAAAAAGUGUUAGCUUACUUGGCAAUCAAUAAGCCUCACUACAAUAUGAGUGGCUUGAUUGUUAGUGGAAAUCAUAUGUUGGAAAAGCCAAUGACAUCUUUCGUUUUGGCAACCAUCGUACUACCGAUGUUCCCCAUCUACGUCCUUGUUGUCUAUUUUUAUUAUAAAGUUGAAGGAUUCCUCACGGCUAAUGCUGAUAAACUUCGAGCACAAACAGUGAAAGGACAUCGGCGAUUACUUAUGGCAUUAACAAUUCAAGCAGCUCUACCGGUGUUCACAAUUUUCCCACCAAUCGGAAUCUACGGUCUUUACCAUUUGGAGCUGAUAAAUGUGACUGUUAUUGAGUACCUCGUUUAUGUCCUUUUUGCCUUCUAUCCAGCUUUCAGUCCAAUGAUUACAAUCUAUUUCGUCAAACCGUACAAUAUGGCGAUUCAGCGAGCAACUGGUCUCUAUGUGCGCAGGUUCACCCGAGCUUUCAGCCUUACCCAAACGACGACUGGUUUCAUCAGCGAGACGAUCGGAGGAGAAAAGCAGUUGGAGAUGCGACGACCAAUUAUGGAGAAACUCGGCUCUUCAAAAAGGAGAUCACAGAAACUACACAGGGAAACGAAGGAGUCUCGUCCGUUGCAAACGCACUUUCCCGACAGGCACAGUACA